GGAGCCACACGACUGUGGGUCACAUCCGGUGUGUCUGUGUGGCUGGUUAUCGUGUGGUCGAAUUUGGAAUAAAGAGUCUCCGUUGUCAAGGAAAACCCGAAGGCUUUAAAAGAAAGACUGGGAGUAGAGGGUUUGAACCGGUUAGCGGCGCCAUUAAGUCCCCUCUCCCCUGACCAUCAUCUCAAAUUCUCUCCCUGUCUCUUGUCUGUUUCACUAUCUCUGUCUUUCUUUUAAUGUUUCUGUCAGUCAUGCUCCUGGUAGAUCCUGGUCUGUACAUUGGCACCGCAGCUGACCUCAAUGAUGUCCAGGCACUGACUGAUGCUGCUGUCAAUCACAUCCUGUCUGUGGAUUCCAUCAACCCUGCUCCCCUCAUCCCUGCUGGAGGGGGCUUCCAUAGUAAAUGGGUCAAUGUUUUGGAUGAGGAGACCUCUGACCUGCUGAGUCACAUGGACAACUGCUUCCUUUUCAUCCAGGAGGCGAUCGCGGGAGGAAAGGCUGCUCUUGUACAUUGCCAGGCCGGGCGGAGCCGGAGUGCUACCAUUGUAACGGCCUACUUAAUGAAGAGACACCAGCUGAGCUUCAACGACGCUUACUUUAAACUACAGAAUACCAAACCGGAUGUCCAGGUGAACAAUGGUUUUAAGGAGCAGCUGUGUCUCUAUGAGGCCAUGCAGUGUGACGUGGACACAUCGAGUCCUCUUUACAAACAAUACAGACUGACCAAGAUUACAGAAAAAUACCCCGAGCUGCAGCAGAUUCCUAGGGAGAUAUUUGCUGCCGACCCCGCCCACUCCACCUCCUCUGAAGUUUCCUACAGGUGCAGAAAAUGCAGACGGACCCUUUUCCGGGACUCCAGUAUUCUCAGUCAUGCGGUAGGAGACGGCGCCUCAGCCUUCAGCCACAAGAAGACGAGUAACCUCCCAGGAUUGGUCCAGUGUACAUCGUACUUUAUUGAACCAGUCCAGUGGAUGGAAGAGGCUUUACUUGGAGUAAUGGACGGACAGCUGCUGUGUCCUAAGUGCAGCUCUAAACUGGGCUCGUUCAGCUGGUGUGGUGACCAGUGUUCAUGUGGUCGCUGGAUCACCCCCGCCUUCCAACUGCACAGGAACCGAGUGGACGAGAUACGACAACAAAGCAUUCACAAAUAACACACACACACACACACACACACACACACACACACACACACACUCAGCUGACACACUUUUUGGCCAAUUUGCUGUUGUGUGCCAAUGAGAUUACAGCAGUUUCACCACUGUGUGUGUGUGUGUGUGUGUGUGUGUGUGUGUGUGUGUGUGUGUGUGUGUGUGUGUGUGUGUGUGUGGAUCUGUACUCAUGCCUUCCAGAUGACAUUAACUUAAUUUGUACUGUCCUUACACACACAGUUAGCUAAGUACUGUCACAAACUGUAACUACACAUAGGUGGUGGAACUGCUGUCAGUCUCUUUACAGAGACAGAGGCUGGUGGUCUUGUUAAAGUUACUGUUUUGACCAAUAUCCGUCAAACUUAAGACAAACACAAGUUUCUGUAUUAAAAAGAAAUUGUGACAUUGACCUUUUCAGGAAUGCAUUUCUGUUAUGAAUCCUUGAAAUUCAGCGUGUGAUAAAUCUGUGUACUUCUGUAGUAUAUACAGACGGGUGACAAAUGAAAGGAAAACCAACAUAAAGUGUGUUAGUGAGGUGUUGGUCCUCCAGGAGCCUCCAGAACAUCUUCAGUGCUCCUUGUCAUAGCUUCUACAAGUCCCUGAACUCUACUGGAGGGAUGGACACCAUUCUUCCAGAAAACAUUUCUUCAUUUGGUGUUUUGAUGAUGCUGGUGGAGAGCGCUGUCUAACACGCAGGUCCAAAAUCUCCCAUAGGUGUUCACUUACGUUGAGAUCUGGUGACUGUGCAGGCCAUAGCACGUGGUUUACAUCAUCUUCAUCCUCAUCAAACCGUUCAGUGACCCCUUGUGUCCUGUGGAUGGGGGGGCGUUGUCAUCCUGGAAGAGACCACUCCCAUCAGCAUAGACAUGUCUCAUCAUAGGACAAAGGUGAUCACUCAGAAUAACUUUGUAUCGAUCUGCAGUGAUGCUCCCCUCUAAGGGGGUAAGUGGACCCAAACCAUGCCAGGAAAAUAUCCCCCACAGCAUAACAGAGCCCCCCAGACCCCCUCACUGUAGGGGUCAAGUAUUCAGGUUUUUCCUUCCAUUUGUCACCGGUCUGUAUAUAUUGGGCAAGUGUUAAACCGGGUAAACAUCAGGGAGGCCCCUGGUCCAGAUCACAUUUGUGGACCCACAUUGCCAUCCUGUGCUGACCUCCACCACGUCUUCCAGAUGUCACUCGACUGUAACCAGUCCCUGCCAUCUGGAAAUCUCCUGCUGUGAUACCCGUACCAGGGAACACCGAUCCCAGGCAACUUCACGGUUUUAGACCAAUCGCGCUAACAUCAUUUAUCAUGAAGAUCUUUCAGAAAAUGGUUCAAAACCUUGUUUUGUAACUGUGAAUGGAAAACUUGAUCCACUGCAGUUUGCUUACGAGACAGGGAGGGGUGUGGAGGAUGCAGAGCUAUUUAAUACUCUUUUUAUAUAUAUAUAUAUAUUUUAUUUAUGACUUUUCCAAAGAAAAAAAAGAUAAAACUCUGAAGCGGUUAACAGGAGCAUUAUACCCACCUCCUCCUAGCCCCCCCCCCCGUUACAAGGCAAUUAAUGUAAUUAAUGUACUCUUCUUCAUAGGUUUCUAUGGUCAUCCGCUCAUAUAAGUACACUGUGUUUUGAAAAGUAUAUAAAGACAAAUGUUUAACGGAAAA